UUUUUUUGAUUAUUUCUAAUUUACUUCGGGCCCAAAACAAGGCCCAAUUUUUUUAUGAAGUAUAACAGUAUGGUUUUUAAUAAAAUGUCUCCAAGUUUCAUUAUCAUUUUUUUGCAGGUUGCAAUAGACAGUCAGUUGCCGGAGGAAAUUAAAUAUUGGCAACUUAAUUGGCAAUGUAAGCACUUUGGUAAUUUUAAAACCCGAGGAAAGGAGAAAAGGAAAAUUCAACACGUCUUAGCAAAAGGAUGUUCAUUCAAAAUAUCAGCAACGUAUAAUCGGCUUCUUAAAAAGUUUGUUGUUACAAGAGCUGAUUUAUUACACAGUAAUCACGAAGUAUCUUCGGAGUUAUAUUACCUAUACCACGAUUAUCGCAAACCAGUACCUGAACGACAAGCUGAAAUUGAUAACUUGCUUCUGAUGCAUGCCAAUCCUACACUUGUAUCUAAUGUAUUACACCAAGAAGGCUCUCAUGUACGUGUAAAAGAUUUGUAUAACCGGAAGCAAAAACUUUUAAAAAGUGUUGGCUCUAUUAAUGAAGCUGUUCAAAGUGCACUCUCACAACCCGGAGUAAUUAGUCGAAUAAUUUCAGGAAAAGAUAACUUUUUCGAAGUAUUAUUUUUUCAAACUGUACACCAGCAAAUGUUAUUUUCAAAGUUUAAAGAAGUGAUUCAAAUGGAUGCAACUUAUAAAACAAAUAAAAUGCGUUAUUCUCUUUACACUUUAUUAAUAGAGGACAAUAAUGGAUUGGGACAACCAAUUGGAUUUGGUAUUCUUGCUAAAGAAGACCAAUCUCACAUAGAAAAAUUUCUUAAAAUAUUUUCUGAAUUCAACAAUAUUACUGGGGUCCAAUGCUUUAUCGUCGAUAAAGAUUUGGCCGAAAUUAACGCUAUUAAGACAAUUUUUCCUAAUAUUCAUAUUAAUAUUUGUUACUUCCAUAUCUUAAAGGCUGCUGAUAAAUUUCUUUGCGGUUUAAAUAAAGUACACAAUAAAAAAGUUUGUAUGGACCACUUUGAAACUUUGCUCAAUUCAAAAACAUCGAAUGAUUUUGAUAAUGAAGUUGAUAAAAUUAAACAUUUCUCGAACAAUUUCCACGACUAUAUUUUACAAAACUGGGUUCCUUUUAAACAAAACAUUACGUCGUUUAGUGAAUCAAACAUAAUGCAUCUUGGAAACAAAACAAAUAACAGAAUUGAAAGGUUUCAUAGCGCGCUGAAACGUGUGUUAGGAUAUGCUCAGUUAUCUCUACAUGGUUUAAUAAAAAAUUUAUUGACCAUAGUGGAAGUUCGCUCGUUUGAAACUCAUCAUCGCCAAUUUGAAAUGAUUAUGAAAACACCUAUAGUCACGCAACCAAAUGUUUCCGAAUACUACAAACUUUGUACAGACUACGCUGCAAGAAUAAUUUCUAAAGAAAUGGAACUUCUACAAUCAAAAGAUUAUAAUGUUGUUAAAAUCAACAACAAGUGGUCGGUGAAUAAUAAAAAUUCACAAACAUUUUAUACUAUAGAAGGUUUAAAAUGUUCCUGUGGCAUGCCAACACAAAUGGGAGUUCCCUGCCGACAUCUAUUUGCUUUAUGGAAAUUUAACAACGAACCUAUUUAUCAACCACUUUCAGUUUCAUCCAGGUGGAAAAAAGAGUUUUUGCCGAGUGUUGUCGAAUCUUCUACCAGUACGGUUGUUUCUUCUGCCUCUAGUAUAGUAACGCAAGCAAUAUUUGAAAUGCCUAAAACAACUCGAAUGGAAAGAUUCAAUAACGCAAUGGUUGUUCUUAAAGAUUUAGCCUCUCUUAUUGCAGACCAACCUAGUGCAGCUUUUACUGCAAAUAUUGCUGCCAUUGAAAAAAUGAAAACACUGGUAAUGUGUCAAAACGUUACAGCUUUAAAUGUUGGUCUGCAAACUCUUAUACAUGAACUGCAACCACAAACGCAACCUACUCUCAUUGUUGCACUACCAGCGCAAACAUCACUAGAUAAUGUUGAAAAAAUACAACUACCUGUUGAAGAUUUACAACAAUCACCAAUUAUAUCAGAAGAAAACCUGAUACCACAGUUAGCAUCACAUAACGAAGUUAUUUCAUCACCUCUUGCAGAGUAUGAUCAACCAACGUCAAAAGCAGGCGAGCAAGCAUGUGAGAGUAGCUACAACAAUGCUAACCAAUUAACAUCUUUAAGUCAAGUAGUUUUUCAACAAAUUCCUAAGCCCCGUGGACGACCAACUUUAACACGUGCAAGGCCUUUUAAAAUCAAACGCAGAUAUGACCAAACUUUAGCAAAGACAAAUCGAAUAAAAAAAUUUAAAAAUAUUCUGGAAAAAAGAACUUUAAAACAAAACAAAAACAUAAAUGACAACAUUUGUUUUUUAUGUGGAGCUGACGAGCCACCCAUAAAUGUUUCAUUAAUUGACUGGAUUGAUUGCAGUAAUGAUUGUGGUCGUUGGUUUCAUACUUCCUGUUUGUUAACCAAUAAAGAGCAAUGUAUAGAUAACUACUGUUGUGCAUGGUGUCGUAAAUAG